CCGAGUGACCCUGUCUGUUUCCUGCUCCACAACACUCGACGUGCCAGUCUCCCCAAGCUCCCACUCUCUCACCCGCAGCUCUUCAUACCCAUAAACCCGCCUGUGAGGCUCACUUCGCCCGCCAUGGCCACCACAUACCAGCAGUCCAUCUUCCCAGACAGCUAUGUCGGUUUCGACAGCAUCACCAAGCAGAUCGAGAAGAAGUCGGUGAAGAGAGGCUUCCAGUUCAACGUCAUUUGCGUUGGCCAGACUGGUCUCGGCAAGUCGACCCUCAUCAACACCAUCUUCGCUUCGCACCUCAUGGACAGCAAGGGUCGCUUCCACCCCGACGAGGAGCUCCGCAGCACCACGGCCAUCCAUCCCGUCUCACACGUGAUCGAGGAAAACGGCGUGCGCCUGCGUCUCAACAUCGUCGACACCCCCGGCUACGGCGACCUGAUCAACAACGAGCGCUGCUGGGACCCCAUUGUCAAGUACAUUAAGGACCAGCACAGUGCCUACCUCCGCAAGGAGCUCACCGCCCAGCGUGAGAGGUACCUCCAGGACACGCGCAUCCACUGCUGCUUGUUCUUCAUCCAGCCAUCUGGCCACGCUCUGAAGCCCAUCGACAUUGUUGUCCUCAAGAAGCUGAGCGAGUUCGUCAACGUUGUGCCUGUCAUUGCCAAGAGUGACAGCUUGACCCUGGAGGAGCGUGCUGAGUUCAAGCACCGCAUAAAGGAGGAGUUUCAGUUCCACAACCUGCGCAUGUACCCCUACGACAACGAGGAGGACGACUCGGAGGAGGCUGCGCUCAAGGCAUCCAUCAGGGACUUCAUGCCCUUUGCUGUCAUUGGCUCUGAGAAGACGGUUGUCGUCAACGGCAGGAACGUCCGCGGCCGCCAGAACAAAUGGGGCGUUAUCAACGUCGAGGAUGAAAGCCACUGCGAAUUCGUUCAUCUCCGCAACUUCCUCACACGCAGCCAUCUGCAAGACCUGAUCGAGACCACUGCGCAAAUCCACUACGAGUCCUUCCGUGCCAAGCAGCUGCUUGCACUCAAGGAGAGCUCUGCUGUCGGCGGCCACUCUUCUCGUCCCAUCUCGCCAUCUGCCGACCGCGAGCUUAGCAGGAACAGUCAGCGAAUGACCAUGAACGGGUACUAGGAGCUCCCGAAUCACAAUCGCGUUGACAGCAUCGGAGCAUCGAAGUCGCUUGGGCCGUCACGUAUGCCGGUGGGGAGACAUGAUCCCAUGAUGGACGGGUGAUUGCACUGUGGUGCGCAUUACGGGGCAGUUGAAGUUGUGAAGGCGGCAGGGGUUUGCAGACAUGAUACCAGUGCAGCACUUAGCACGAAAACCAGAGGGACCAGAGGAGCGUACUUUCUACACAGUUCAGAUUUGAUUGUCCAGUAUUAUUUUAGUGUCGACGAGAGGUCCCUUCCCUGAUUUCUUAUAUUCGAGCAUGGUGUAGGGGUGGCUGUAUUUUGGGCUGUGCCUCCAAACAGGUUAUACCCAGAGGAUCUUUUAGGAUAGUGUAGUGCGGUAGUAAUUCGCCUUGAACCUCCUCAAUCUCCUU